AACGUCAAAUUACGUCAAAAAGCUGAGUUGUAGCUUUGCGCAUGUUUUCUAAAACCACUAAUUAUCUAUAACAACUCAGUCGCCUGCAGUUUCAUGUUGAGUAGGGUGGUGCGGCCGCUAUCGUCGUAUCUCAACAAAAUGGUGCCUGAAGUAGUGUUCGUGCUGGGAGCGCCGGGCGCCGGCAAGGGCACGCAGUGCUCGCUUAUUUCGAAGGAAUACGGGUUCGUGCACCUGUCGGCGGGGGACCUGCUGCGCGAGGAGCGCCAGCGGCCCGGGUCGGAGUUCGGGGAGAUGAUCGAGGAGAAGAUCCGCAACGGGAAGAUCGUGCCGGUGGAGGUGACGUGCUCGCUCAUCCACAAGGCGAUGCAGCAGUCGGGCCGGGAGCGCUUCCUGGUGGACGGCUUCCCGCGCAACAAGGACAACCUGGACGGCUGGGAGCGCGUCAUGUCCGACAAGACCAAGCUCCUGUUCAUCCUGUUCUUUGAGUGCUCGCAGGAGCUGUGCAUCGAGCGCUGCCUGGGCCGCGGCGCCGCCGGCAGCGGGCGGUCGGACGACAACCUCGACAGCCUCAAGAAGAGGUUCAACACAUACCUCAACGACACCCUGCCUAUUGUACAGCACUAUGAGCAGAUGGGGCUUGUCCGCAAGAUCAAUGCAGAGUCUCCCCCAGAACAGGUAUUUGAAGAUGUCAAGGAUGUGUUCAGUGAUGCCGGCAUGGUCAGUAUACGCAACUAGGGUGUAGGAGUAUUAAGAGUGACAACGAGGUAGCUAAAUGUUGUGUAACAUUGCCAUUCCCUAUGUGAAAGAUCAAAGAUUAUGUUAAGACCCAAAUGAGGCAUAGUAAUUCCAUAGGCGUUCAAUGUAAUAUUAAGUAAAUGAAGUAUAAGAUCAACUGUAAUUUAUUAGAAGAAGUGAUAGAGCUCAGUGCAACAGAAUAGGUACCUGUUAGUGCUAAGCACCUGGUGUUAUUUGUAGGUUCUAGGUAAUGGUAUACUAGAUGCAGGAUGUUGAUACAUAUUUUAUUAUUAAUGUUAAAUAGUAGGUAAUGACAAUGACUUAGUAAACCUACUUAGAUUCAGAUAUCAUAAAUGUUUCAGCUAACAUAGGUACUAGUGGUUCUACAGUGAUAUUUAUUACAUUUAUGAUUAGUUUUGACUUGUAAUGAUGAGUGGUUUGUAUAUCUUUAUCAUUGAUACCUUUGUAAUUUAAGAUUGGUGUUGAUUUUCCUUUUGUAUUGUCAUAUCAUGGUAGUUAAUCAGCUAACAAAAUGUACUUUUUAUCAUCAAAAAAACAUCACCUUGAACAUUGAUUUGUAAGUCUAACAAUGAUUUUAAGAACUCUAGUGAGGGGACUUAUUUAUAUUAAGUAGAGAGUUUAAAUGUCAACUUUAUGAAUAUGAUAAAUAAGUAAAAAUAAUACUAAAACAGUUGAGCUUCUCCCCACUAUUAGUACAAAAAGUAUACAAUAAAAAACCUAAUCCUACCUAAAUUUUAAUAGUCACAAUAUUAUGUUCCUACUUACGAAGUUGAUGUUUGCAAUAAAAUUGUUUUUGAGUUACCAAGGCUUAUUACGAAAAUAUUUCAUAGAUAUUGUGAACUAAAAUAUACUGAUAUAAAAUAUUGUUUUACAUGGAGGACAUUGAAAUAUAAAAUUAUAAUUAUAGUAUGACAUGAUAAUAUCAUCAUCAGUCAUCUUGGGGGCAAGUUCAUUUUACUAUCAUUAUUUUGAUAAGUGCUUACUAUUUUUUGAAAAUACAUAGUGCUUUUAAAGUUCAAGAUUCUUAAUGAAUAUUUAAAAUGUAUAUUUAAUGCCCCAAUUAAUAGAUUCAUAUUUACCUUGCCUGUUAUGCAUUUAGUAAGUAAACUUUAUAGCAUUUUAAACAAUAUUUAGGUAUAUUUAUAUACCUGCCUGACAAAACAGAACAAAAGUGGAAUUUCUUCUCAGUAAAUGAAAUCAUGUUAUUUAUUAUUAUAAUAUUCACACGCAACUUUGACCUUGAUUGUACACAAUACUUGUAUUGUAUCUUUAGUUUUCGCCAUUUAUAGUUGAGUAAAUUAGUGUCGGUCAGUGGUUACAACUUAAAUAACUUAAAUUAUUCAAAUAGCUGUAUUUAGUAUGCGAAUAAGAAAUAAAUAAAUAAAUGUUA